UCAUAAUCAAACCAAAUGAUACGUGCAAUUAGUUCUCACCGUAAAUUAACAAUAACAAAAGCCGAUGCUCCAGCCUCCUAAAUGUCCUCCGGUGGUCGUCACCGUCCAUUUCGAUCUGCCAUUAUUCUUCUCGCCGGCGUCUUUACGCCACCGCUAGCACUGCAUGAACUUCUCCCCAACUCUCAGAUUCGAAAUGCUGAUUUGGACGUCGACCCACUUUGGUCGUUCUCGUUUGGUCCAUUCAUUUUCCUUCAACGUCCUGAAAGCCACCGCCCCGGUGAAUUCCAUUCCCCGAGAUACCCUAUUGCACAGCGUCGUUGUAAAGUUGGGAUUGGCUAAUGAACUGUCUGUACAGAACAAGCUAUUGAAAGUUUAUGUUAAGUGCAGGGAUUUGGAUAGUGCACGGAGCCUGUUUGAUGAAAUGCCUAGGAGAAAUGUUGUGUCGUGGAAUACGGUGAUAUGUGGGCUUGUCGAUGGCGGGUAUGGAGGUGAGUUUAAAACGAGGCAGCGCUUGAUUUUUUUAUAUUUUAAGAAGAUGUUGAUGGGUUUGGUGGACCCAGAUGGCAUCACGUUUAAUGGGUUGUUUCGAUCUUGUGUUGUGUUGAAUGAUGUUGAAAGUGGCAGGCAAUUGCAUAGUUUUGUUAUGAAAAUUGGGUUUGAUUUGGAUUGUUUUGUGGGGAGUGCAUUGGUUGAUUUUUAUGCGAAAUGUGGGUUAUAUGAAGAUGCGAGAUUAGCGUUUAGCUGUACUCUGUACAAGGAUCUGGUCUUGUGGAAUGUGAUGUUGUACUGUUAUGUGUUUAAUUCUUUGAGCCGAGAAGCGAUUGAAGGCUUUCGUUUGAUGCAGUUGGAAGGCUUUAAAGGUGAUGAAUUUACAUUCAGCAGCCUGCUAAGCUCGUGCAAGUAUAAAGGAUCAGGAGAAUUGGGUAAGCAACUCCAUGGUCUUCUUAUAAAACAGUCAUUUGAUUUAGAUAUUCUUGUGGCAAGUUCACUUAUCGAUGUGUAUGCUAAAAACGAUAAUUUAUAUGAUGCUCGCAAGGUUUUUGACGAAAUGCCAACUAGAAAUUCUGUGUCUUGGACCACUAUGAUUGUGGGGUAUGGACAGCAAGAAUAUGGAAAAGAGGCAGUGAAACUGUUCAGGAGAAUGUUUGGGAAAGAUUAUUGCUUGGAUGAGUUAACUUUUGCUAGUGUGCUGAGUUCGUGUGGCUUUACGUCUGGGGCCUCUGAACUGAUGCAAGUUCAUUCCUGCUUGAUAAAACUCGGUUUUGAAGCAUUUUUGUCUAUUAACAAUGGUUUGAUAUAUGCAUACUCGAAGUGUGGUAUCGUUGCCGCAGCAUUACAAUGCUUUAGAUUAAUUGCAGAACCAGAUUUGGUAACAUGGACAUCAAUUAUAUGUGGACUUGCAUUUUGUGGCCUUGAGAAAGAUGCUGUUAAGUUAUUUGAUAAGAUGUUAUCAUAUGGCAUUAGACCAGAUAAAAUUGCAUUCCUUGGAGUUCUCUCUGCCUGUAGCCAUGGGGGAUUUGUAAGCAUGGGGCUUCACUACUUCAAUUUAAUGACAAACCAAUACCAACUUGUUCCUGAUCCAGAGCAUUUAACAUGCUUGAUCGACCUUCUUGGUAGAGCGGGUAGUCUAGACCAGGCUUUUGAUCUUUUGAAAUCAAUGCGAAAGGAAGCUGGACCAGAUGCUUUAACGGCUUUCAUUCGAGCAUGUAGAACUCAUGGGAACUUGAAAUUGGCAAAACGGGCUAUGGAGUUCAUAUCAGAGCCAGAUGAACCAGUGAACUAUUCUCUAGUGUCGAAUAUGUAUGCUUCUGAAGGAAGAUGGUCAGAUGUGGCAAGAAUGCACAAACUGAUUAACGAUCGUUGUGAACAGAAAACCCCAGGCCUCAGUUGGGUAGAAAUUGCUGGUUAUAACCACUUGUUUAAAUCAGGUGACAGAUCCCAUCCACAGUCUUCAGAUCUCUAUGCCAUGCUAGGAUUAUUACUAAACACUAUGAAGGAGGAUUACAAGUCCACAGCCUUUUAGGUAGAUAUUGUCCCCGAAUGAAUGGCAAAUCUUGGUUGAUCGCAGGUUGGACACAAAUCAAAAUCCAUUUCAAGGUCCAGCACUUGACCGGCCACAUGUGACUUUAAUUGGUACAUCUAAUCAGCCAUAGCAUUGUAGGUGACCCCACUGUUGUAAAGCAGCGAAGUCGUUCAAACUGCUUUCCCAUUAUUGUAAAGGAAUAAAGUCUUCCAAAAUGGUCGUAGUUCACGCUUGAGAAAGAAAAGGAAGCAGGAGUUCAUUUUGAUAGACCAAUGACGUAUUGUGGAGGAGCUUCCUCAAACAACAGAGAACUGGGUGUACAUCAGCUGUCCAGAUUUGGUGAAUAAACUCGUGAUAAGAUUUGUUCAAUAAGAAUUGAAAUAGUUACUGGGCAUGAGCUUAAGCCACUUAACUUUUCAAUGAUUCCCAAAAUAAGGGAUGAUUUCAACCCAUCUAAGCUAUGAAUAUUCACAAUUUCAUGUCUUA